AUGAUACUGAAAGCUAAACUGUUGAAUUAUCGAGAUGAUUUCAGUCUUGGAAGGAAAAUAAUAAUUGCUUUUCAGACCCUUGGGGUUGUCUUUGGUGAUGUUGGAACAAGUCCAUUGUAUGCCUUCAGUGUCAUGUUUAAAAAGGCACCUAUUAAUGGAAAUGAGGAUGUUAUUGGAGCAAUGUCACUAGUUCUAUACACCUUAAUCUUGAUCCCCCUGCUUAAGUAUGUGCUGGUUGUUCUUUGGGCUAAUGAUGAUGGUGAAGGUGGUACAUUUGCUUUGUAUUCAUUGAUCUGUCGACAUGCUAAGGUCAGUCUUCUUCCAAACCAGCUUCCGUCAGAUGCCCGGAUAUCAAGCUUCAGGCUAAAGGUGCCAUCUCCUGAACUCGAAAGAUCUUUAAAAAUCAAGGAAAGGCUUGAGGCUUCUCUGACUCUGAAAAAGCUUCUUCUGACAUUAGUGCUUGCUGGUACUGCUAUGGUGAUAGCUGAUGGGGUUGUUACACCAGCUAUGUCAGUAGUGUCAGCUGUUAGUGGUCUAAAGAUUGGAGUAGAUGCAAUUAAGCAAGAUCAAGUGGUGAUGAUUUCAGUUGCCUUUCUUGUAAUUUUAUUCAGUGUACAGAAAUUCGGGACAAGUAAAGUUGGCCUGGCUGUAGGCCCUGCCUUAUUCAUAUGGUUUUGUUCCCUUGGGGGCAUUGGGAUUUACAACCUUGUUAAAUAUGACAGCAGUGUGUUGAAGGCAUUCAAUCCUGUUCACAUCUAUUACUUCUUCAAGAGGAACUCGACUAAGGCUUGGUAUUCUCUUGGGGGUUGUCUUCUGUGCGCUACAGUGCAAUUUGGAAGGCCAAAAUACCUCGUGAGUUAUGGGGGUUGGCCUGGAUUAUGGCUCAUGGUAGGUGCUGUUGAGAAGAGUUCAGGUCAGCUGUUGCUCCAUUGUCCUAUUGCUUUAACCUUGUGGAGAAGAGUGUUUAGGGAGGCCCAUUUGAGUUGGGUGAGGGCGAUUCCAGCUUUGUGUGUUGCAUUAUUGUGUUCUGAGGCAAUGUUUGCGGAUCUUUGCUACUUUUCUGUUCGAUCAGUCCAGCUUACGUUUGUGCUUCUUGUUUUGCCAUGCCUUAUGUUGGGUUAUUUGGGUCAAGCUGCAUACCUUAUGGAGAACCCAGAUGGAGCUGAGCAAGCUUUCUUUUCUUCUAUUCCAAGUGGUGUUUUCUGGCCCGUGUUCCUCGUUGCUAAUAUUGCUGCAUUGAUUGCUAGUCGUGCAAUGACGACGGCCACAUUUUCAUGCAUAAAACAAUCGAUGGCACUUGGUUGUUUCCCUCGCCUUAAAAUCAUACAUACCUCCCGGAAAUUCAUGGGGCAAAUUUAUAUCCCUGUCGUGAAUUGGUUUUUGCUGGUGGUUUGCCUGGUAUCUGUCUGCACUAUUUCAAGCAUUGAUGAGAUUGGAAAUGCAUAUGGCAUUGCUGAGCUAGGAGUGAUGAUGAUGACGACCAUUUUAGUAACAAUUGUUAUGCUUCUUAUAUGGCAGAUAAACAUCAUCAUCGUGCUGAGUUUCAUAGUAAUUUUCCUGGGGUUGGAAUUGACCUUUUUCUCCAAGCUUAAGUAUGAAACUGAAGUCAAGCAAAAGCUGUCAAUGGAUUUGAUGCGGGAAUUGGGUUGCAAUCUUGGGACAAUCAGAGCACCGGGAAUUGGCUUGCUUUAUAAUGAGUUGGUGAAGGGAAUACCAGCAAUUUUUGGCCAUUUUCUAACCACACUUCCGGCAAUCCACUCGAUGAUCAUAUUUGUAUGUAUAAAGUAUGUUCCAGUUCCUGUAGUGCCUCAAAGUGAAAGGUUUCUUUUCCGGCGUGUCUGCCCAAAAAACUACCACAUAUUUCGUUGCAUUGCCAGGUAUGGCUACAAGGAUGUUCGUAAAGAAAGUCACCAGACGUUUGAACAGCUACUAAUUGAGAGCCUUGAGAAAUUCAUUCGUCGGGAAGCUCAGGAGCGGUCACUAGAGAGCGAUGGGGAUGAUGGUGAUAUAGACUCUGAGGAUGUGACUUCGUGCUCAAGAGUUCUCAUAGCUCCCAACGGAAGUGUCUACUCACUUGGUGUUCCUCUCCUGGCUGAGUACAAGGAGUCAAGCGAGCCUAUAUCAGAAGCAAGCACAUCAGAGGAGGUGAAGUCAGGGCCUCCAGCAGACCAGACAGCUUAUGAUGCUGAGCAGAGUAUUGAGAGGGAACUAUCUUUUAUACGCAAGGCCAAAGAAUCGGGGGAGGGGGAUUGCCAAUUUGAGCGUGCCCCAUUCGCAUCUAAUGCAGGUUGGGAUGACAUAUAUGGUUUGAAGGGCGAUUUUGCUACGGAAAUAAGGCAAAUCUGA